UUAACUUUCUUACGGAUGUUAUUAUGGCUUUAUUUACUGUCAUAUCGAUGGUGUACACAUAAAAAUAACAACAAAUAACUAUAUGAACUUUGCAACAAAUUUUAGUUUUAAAAACGUUUUUAAAAAUUAAAGCAUAAGGAACAAACCAACCCAAAAUUCUAAACACGAGGCAAAUUAUCACGACAAGUAAAAAAUGACGUUUAAAAUUGAUAGAUUUAUAAGAACCUUAGCGUGGUUCCUUGUAACGCAGGUCACCGUGGUCUCCCAGGCCGGGAGGUCACAUUUCGUCACAACAGAGCUGAACAUACGUAAUGAAAUGCAAGGCUUGAAACGUCCAGAGAUAGUUUACCACUGCCAAGCUAUAAAUAAUGGUCUUGAAUACGGUUGGAGACGAGCCAAAAAGCCACCACUGGGCCAUACCUUCCAUGUACUCUUGGAAGGAGGCCAAAAACUGGAGGAGGAGAUUCACCGCUGCCAUUUCCGAUCGGUGCUCGGUAAAGCAGACGUCGAUAUCCGUAUGACUGCGAUUGAUGCUGAGAUAUGUAAUUAUAAAAGGGCAUGUGCCGUUCAUGUGGUUACACCGGAAGGGAUAAUGUUUCAUGGUAAAGAAUGGGAUUUUAAAGAGAGGUAUCCACGGCUGAUACCACGGACAUAUCUUGAAGCUAAGUGGAAACCUUGGCCACGACGCAGCAGCAGCGGCCGUGAGGACCCGAGAAGCCAACGUCGCUCUGGAGGAGGUUCACAAUGAUUUAAUGCCUAUAAGAUUAAACUAUUAAACGAAUAUGAAUCACUGGGGUUUCAUGUGCAAGAGCUAUAUUAAUGUUUGAAGAAUUUUCGUUUCUUUUCUCUAGUGUGAUUUGUUUUCGAAUUACACUUUAGUUUAUGAUACUAAUAAUUACAAAAAAAAAAAUACAUACAGUACGUAAGUCUGCUUUAACAUUUUUGAUGUCUAUAUAUGUUUUUCUUUUCCCUUAAAUUUUUUUUUCUUCGAUUAAAAUGGCUAAUUGAUCCUUCUACGUAAUACAUUAAAAUAGCUGAAAAUAAAUUUGAACCAUAGCCAACAAAAAACAUUUCAAACAUAUCUUUUUGUGAUUUACGUGAAGUGUUCGUCUUAUGAAAACAUUGUAAUUAAAUAUAUUUUUUUGAACUUUUGCAAUUAAAUACUUCCACAAAAAUUGCUGUAAAUUACAAAUAGAAACGUAAAUACAAAAAGACUGUUUACUUUUACAUACAGUAAAAAAAUAGAUUACAUUUUACAUGUUAGUUUCGCUUGAAAUUAAAUACAUGAUUACAACAUGCUACUGUAAACUCAGCCACCACUUGAGCCAUGCUAGGUCGGGUUAUAAUCCACACUUUACUUUCAGACCUGAACAUGCAAUAUUUGAAUAAAGAAGGAUAAAAGGUCGUUUAAUGAUGUAAAUCAAAUAACAUCAUACUAUUUUGCUAAACGUAAAAUAUGGAUUCACGUACUUAAAUAAAUUGAUAUUUUGUUCUCUAAACCUAAGAUAAUUUUGUCUUUUUUUGAUAUAACGAUUCAUCACUUUCAGUGUUAUUUCUAUAUUUUCCCCGAAGGCCAACCUCAACAAUCAGAUACUCUUUGGAGCUUUCUACAAAAAAAAUAUUAAUGUUUAA